GUCAAGUUUCCCUUUCCUUCCUUCCCUUCCCUUUCCUUUCCUUCCUCUCUCCCUCCUCCCAGGAUCCCCUCGGGGUUACAGACACGAGUCUCGUUAAACACACUAACCAACCAACCUCCCCUCUAGAUGGCGUCCAAGCCAGUCGUCGGUGUGUGUGCGACCUGCGGCUGCCCCGCGAAGCAAUGGUGUUCCAAGUGCAACUCCAUUUAUUUCUGUGGCAAAGACUGUCAAGUAAGCGCCUCAUAUACGGCACAUACAGCCCUUCUCAUUGUCCCCAUUUGUGUCGCCCGUCAGCGUCAGGCGUGGCCGGAACACAAAAAGCUCUGCGCUGCGCUUCAAGAGGAGUAUCUCAAGACUCACCCGCCCAAGAAACAGCAGGAAGGGACGAAGCAGCCGCAGCAGAAGCCACAGAAGCGACAGCAGGACGUGAACCUUAGAAGCAAGUGGUGGCGUCUGCGGUACGUGUGACAUUGUGUGACAUAGUAUGUGUGACUCAUUGACUUCCCUCCUUGCUUCAUCACUCAGGGCAGGCGCAUAUCGCACCAAAGAGGAGUUGCUGCAGCUGAUGGAGCCGUUUGAUUUGCCAGAGGGCCUGUCAGAGCACGAGGAGAACGCACGCAUCAAGAGAAUGUUUGGUCUAUGUGACAUUCAAGAGACACUCAAAUUCUAUCCCCCCCAGGGCGAUAACUGGUAACACUAUGCCUGGCAUAUGGAAUAGCUCUCAGAGCAGAAUGUGGAUGCACUGCACUUGCAGGUACCACUAUGGCCUUGCCGACCCGACGAAUCGCUCCGGACCUGUGAAUCAGGUGGCCUCUCGUACCACCCAUCGGAACUUGGCCAGACCCAUCCAUGGAGAUGUGUUCAUCGUGUGAGCAGCAAGAGGGAGGGGCAGGGAGAGCAGUGUACGACACAUGCAUACACCAUUUCCAUGUGUCUGUUUUCGCUGCAGUAAGAGCGGGCCAACUUGGACGGGCCACUUCCCAGGUAUCUCCUCGUGUGCUUGAAAGCGGUGACGCAUCUUCAUCCGACUGUUGUCCUGUGUGCAGGCUCGUGGGAGGCGGAGCCACUGCUGAAGAAAGGCGACCUUGCCGAUGCCAUAAUGUGGUAUGAGACCCAGGACGGGCACCAGACAUUUGUCCAGCGGGAACACUCGGUGAGUGAGUGAUGACACAUCAGCCAGCAAAAGAUGUGCGUGAUCUUUGUCUACUUGUCUGCAGCGGGCGUGCAGGCGUUUCGGUGUGAACGUGCCGCCCGACGUCUUCACUGUGCUGGCAUAGCGGUCAAGAUACGCAGAGCACAGUUGCCGUGCGUGUCCCUGGUCGCGUGUGGUCCUUUUCUGUACUUAUGUCUUUCUCGUCUUUCGUCCGUAGCUGCUUUUUCAUGAGUAAACGUGUGAUGCGAUCCUGUGGAUGUAGAAAAGCAGCGAGAAUUCGAGCAGUCGUGACUGAGACUGGGGGCGCAUGCAUGCGGUGUGUGGGUUGAAACGUGUACGUACUCGUCCGGCCUCCCAUCAGCCAGCUCUUCUUUCCGCCACGUAUGUACGGCAGCUGUCCCUCCAUCGCCAAUCAGGUGUUUGGAAGCGGUGUUCCGCGCCUCCCAACGAGCGCCGC